AUGAUAUCUGAGUUGAAGAGCUCCCUUGCUGAGAAGGAUUCCGAGCUUAACUCUUCUGCUGCUGACUUGGCAAGUCGAAAAGAUGCUUAUUUCCACAUUGAGUGCAAGAAUGCCGACAUCUCUCAUAGCUAUGACAAGCUUUUAGCUAGACUUCACGCCUACCAUGAGUCUGCUGAGGAAUCCAAGUCCGAAGUUGCCAUGGACGCGUACAAGUUGGGCUACCUGGACUGCACAAGAGGAUAUGAUCCCUUCUACGCCAUUGGAGAUGAAGACAUCGAGAUGCUCUAUCCAGACUUGCCCCCUGCGCAAAGUGAGAAGGCUAAUGCUGUGAACAUCGAAGGAGCUGAAGAGCAGGUGACUAAAGAGGCGGUAGCUGAGGAGGAUGGAGCAGAGGAGGAUGCAGCCGAUGAGGUGGUGGCAGACGUCAUAGAUCAGGCAUGUGGAGCUGCUGAAAGCGUGGCUGUUCAGGCGGACGCUGAAGAGGUUGUAGAUCAGGGAUCUCCUGCUGGCGCUUCGGAGUAG